AUGGAUAUUUUAUGUAUUGCUGGUACUUAUGAAGUCUUUUGUGGUUAUGUGUGUGGAAAUGCAUCUUACACUGAUUUAACCAAGUUGUCAAAUGAUGAAUUUGAUCUAAUACAAGGUUUAAAAGACAUGUUGAGUUAUAUGAUAAAUAAAUUUGAUUCAGAACAAAAUUUAUAUACAUUAGGAUUUGAGGUGUAUACAAAUGAAAUUAGAAUUUAUUUAAUGGAAAUGCGGGUGGUGUAUAGGUUGCACCUUUUAAAAAGGUUAGAACUGCCAACCCAAUUUUCAUCAUAUAGACAACUUAGAUCAGUACUUUUGUGGGCGUGGAAUCUAAGAGUAAAUUUAUUUGUAGCAAAUCUUUGGUAUAAUAAAAUAAAUAUUGAUAUAGAUGUUUCCUCAACACUUCCAAAAAGCAAUAAUCAUAAAAUGUCAACACCAACAACACCACCAAGAGCAAAAAAAAAUAAAGAAUACUGA